UCUGCAGUCAUGCUGCUGCUCGACUCCGGUGUGUACAUUGGCACUGCGGCUGACCUGAAUGACAAACAGGCGUUGGUCGAUGCAUCGGUCACCCACAUCCUGUCUGUGGACUCUGUGAACCCCGGCUGGCUCAUAUCUGAUGAAGGAAGCUUUAGCAGAAAAUGGAUCGACAUUCUGGAUGAACCGACGUCUGACCUCCUCAGUCACAUGGACGCUUGCUUUGUGUUCAUUGAUGAGGCUGUAAUGGGAGGCAGAGCUGCACUUGUUCACUGUCAGGCAGGUCGCAGCAGAAGUGCAACUAUUGUGACCGCCUAUUUGAUGAAGAGAUAUCAGCUGGGCUUCACCGAGGCUUACACCAGACUGAAGAGUGUCAAACCAGAUGUUCAGGUCAACAGAGGAUUUGAGGACCAGCUGCGUCUGUAUGAAGCCAUGGGCUGUGAAGUAGACACAUCCAGUCCUUUAUACAAACAAUACAGACUCAUCAAGAUCACGGAGAAAUAUCCAGAGUUGGAGCAGGGGGCUACAGAGUUUCCCCGGGAGAUAUUUGCCAUUGACCCCGUCCACUCCAGCUCCUCCGAGGUGUCUUACAGGUGCAGGAAGUGCAGGCGAACUCUGUUUCGUGGCUCUAGUAUUCUCAGUCAUCCUGUGGGGGAGGGAGCUUCAGCCUUUAGCCACAAGAAGCCCAGGAACCUCACUGGAGAAGUCCACUGCACAUCUUACUUCAUCGAGCCGGUCCAGUGGAUGGAACCAGCUUUGGUCGGAGUCAUGAACGGACAGGUGUGCAGAAGGUGGAAACUCCCCUUCAGGAGGUUCAGAUCGUCCUUCCAGAGGCGGAGCUGGGGUGAACCUCUUGCAGUGGCUGGCGUGGAUCCAGGAUGCCCUCUCAGCGACCUUCACAGCCGUGUGAGUGACGAGCAGGAUUUGGAAUGGACCCAGCCACCGUUUGGACCUCCAAUGUUUCCUUCUCAACUCCUUCACGAGGACCCAGUCACCUGGUUUAAGAUUGUGCAGCCGGACUAG